CUUGGGCACUCCAAAUACUGCUAAGUGUUUGAUUUAAAUUUCUCAUCACAUAAGAAGAAGAGUUUACAGCAUAGAUUACUUGCUGAAUUUACAAAAUUGAUUACAUACUCUCUCCUUAUUUUUCUCUUUGCUUCUUCCCCACCCUAUACCAUAUGGAUCUUGUUCCAAUGUUCUUGUAUUGUAUCCCACUCCUUUGUCUAUUCUACAAUUUUUGGAUAACCUUUGAAAGAAGGAGGUAUCAAAAUUGUUACAUUUUGGAUUAUGAAUGCUACAAGCCAAGUGAUGAUAAGAAACUCAGCACGAGAUUUUGCGGUGAAGUAAUUAGGCGAAAUAAGCAACUCGGCCUAAACGAAUACAAGUUUCUCUUGAAGGCCAUAGUCAGUUCAGGCAUUGGAGAGGACACUUAUGGCCCGAGAAUGGUACUCGAAGGGCGAGAAAUGUCUCCAACACUUGAAGAUGCCAUCAUUGAAAUGGAUGAUUUUUUUCUUGAUACUAUUGACAAGCUUUUCAACAAGACUGGGAUUUCGCCUUCUGAGAUCGACGUUCUAGUGGUGAAUAUAUCGAUGCUCACUAUAUGUCCUUCUUUAUCUUCAAGAAUUAUCCAUCAUUAUAAGAUGAGAGAGGAUAUCAAGGUGUAUAAUCUCACUGGAAUGGGAUGCAGUGCCAGCCCUAUUGCAAUCAAUAUUGUUCAAAACAUUUUCAAGACUCAAAGAAAUUUGCAAGCACUUAUUGUGACGUCUGAAUCUUUGAGUCUAGGUUGGUACCCAGGGAAAGAUAGAUCUAUGAUUCUUACUAAUUGUCUGUUUAGAUCGGGAGGUUGUGCAAUACUUUUGACAAAUAAAGUGGCCUUGAAAGAAAAGGCCAUGUUCAGGUUGAAAUGCCUUGUGAGAACACACCAUGGUGCAAAGGAUGAAUCCUAUGCUUGUUGCAAACAAAUGGAAGAUGAUCAAGGCUAUUUAGGGAUUCACCUAGGCAAGAAUCUGCCCAAGGCAGCUACUCGUGCAUUCAUCGAUAACUUGAAAGAAAUUGCCCCAAAAAUACUCCCGGUUCGCGAGCUUCUACGCUUCUCAUUACUCACACUCAUUCGGAAAAUGACUCAAAAACACACUAAGACAGGUGCAGCAGCUAGGCCGGUGAUCAAUUUCAAAACUGGGAUCGAUCAUUUUUGCCUCCACACAGGAGGAAAGGCAGUGAUCGAUGCAGUGGGACAGAAUCUAAACCUCAGCGAGUACGACGUAGAGCCAGCCAGAAUGACACUACAUCGAUUUGGAAACACGUCUGCAAGUAGCAUAUGGUAUGUUUUAGCAUAUAUGCAAGCCAAAAAAAGGCUUAAAAAGGGUAACAAAGUUUUUAUGAUAAGUUUUGGAGCGGGGUUUAAGUGUAACAGUUGUUUGUGGGAAGUGAUGAGGGAUUUGGAUCAAGAUGGAAAUGUUUGGAAAGAAUUCAUUAAUAACUAUCCGCCAAAAACCAUAACCAAUCCUUUCCUAGAGAAGUAUGGAUGGAUCAAUGAGGAGGAUCCAGAUACGUUUCACGUCCCAGAUGAUUAUGUUAUUCCAUAAAUAAUUUUUCUUUUUCGUGAUCAAUAAGAUUAUUUUACUGUAUUGAUACUGAUUAAAAUUAAGUCUGUAAUUUUUUUUCUUAAGUGAAUGCGGGUUCAUAACCAAAAGAGCCUGCAUGAUACUUAUGUUGAGCCCGCUACUUUGUAUCCUGUUAGAAAACUUCCAUUACAAGAGUGAAAAUGUAAUCUAUUUUGUUGGGUUUGUUCAA